AUGAAAAACUGUACCAGGGUAAGAGAAUUUGUUCUCCUUGGCCUAACCAUGGAUCAGGAAGUGAGCAGCCUCCUGUUUCUCCUGCUGCUUGUAGUGUAUGUGACAACGCUGCUGGGAAAUCUCUUCAUCACAGUCACAGUGACCUGGGAGUCUCGCCUUCACACCCCCAUGUACUUCCUGCUCCGCAAUUUAUCUAUUGCCGAUAUAUGCUUCUCCUCCAUCACUGCUCCCAAGGUGCUGGUGGACCUUCUCUCUGGCAGAAAGACGAUCUCCUUCAAUGGCUGCCUGGCUCAGAUGUUUUUCUUCCACCUCAUCGGUGGUGUAGAUGUGUCUUCUCUGUCAGUGAUGGCCUUGGAUCGCUACAUGGCCAUCUCCAGGCCCCUGCACUAUGUGACCAUCAUGAGUAGAGGCGUUUGUACUGGGUUAAUAGUGGCUUGCUGGGUGGCAGGUUUUGUUCACUCCAUCGUGCAGAUUGCCCUCUUACUCCCUCUCCCCUUCUGUGGGCCCAAUGUUCUUGACACUUUCUAUUGUGAUGUCCAACAGGUCCUCCAACUUGCCUCUACAGACAUCUUUGUUCUUGAAAUGCUGAUGAUUUCUAAUAAUGGAUUGCUCACCACACUGUGGUUUUUCUUGCUCCUUCUGUCCUAUUUGAUCAUAUUAUUAUUAAUAAGAGCUCAGGCAGGGGAAGGCAGGAAGAAAGCCAUCUCCACCUGCACAUCUCACAUCACAGUGGUGACCCUGCACUUUGUGCCCUGCAUCUAUGUCUAUGCCCGGCCCUUCACUGCCCUCCCCGCAGAUAAACCCAUCCAUGUCACCUUCACGGUCAUCUCCCCUCUGCUCAACCCCUUGAUCUACACCCUGCGGAACCAGGAGAUGAAAUCUGCCAUGCGGAGACUCAAGAAAAGACUUGGGCCUUCUGACACAACAGGACAGUAG